UGUUAUUUUCGUGUAUAGUUUAUUUAAAACAAAGCAUGAAAUGACACAUAAAACGUUUUUAAAACAAAUACAGUUUAGUUUAUCGUAAACGUCUUAUUGUAAAUAGAAGAUAAAGAUACUUGGUAAACCAUGCCAUGCAAUGACACUUCAAGUUUGAAGUGAAAUGACUAAGGGGGAAACAUGCAUGGUGGAAACACCUGGGGCCCGAAACAUCCGACGACAAUAUUAAAUAGAUGUUGCUCGUAUUUAUAAUUUGGACACUGUUAUAAGUUUUAUGUUUAAUCAACAACAUAUUAUUUGCAUAGUUCUUCCAGGAUUCCCAGCUCAAUGCAGCGGUUACUCAUUUUGUGAAUGUUGACCAAAAGCCUUAACACUGUUUAUAUGUCUCCCGGUCUAUACUGGGGAACAUAUUGUUUUUGCCCUGUCUGUUGGUUUGUUGGUUUGCAUCAAAUUUUAACAUUGGCCAUAACUUUUGCGAUAUUGAUAUUUGCCACUUGAUAUUUGAGUUUGACGUGCAUGUGUAUCUCAUGGAGCUGCACAUUUUAAGUGGUGAAAGGUCAAGGUCUUUGUUCAAGGUCAAAUGUCAAUUACAUGGGCGACAUAUUGUUUUACAAACACAUCAUGUUGUUUUUUAUUCUGAAUGUUCACUGUCAAUGGAAAUAUUUUUGCAGAAGGAAACACUACAUUAUCAUGAGUAUUCAUACAUUUGUACAUGUAUCAAUAUAGAUAAUGGGCAUGAUUGGGAUCCAGAGAGGCAGAAAAUCAAAACCCAAAACCAUUUUUCUGCCUUUGUGUUCCUCGUUUCCAUCGGUCAGGUUCUUUUCUGCCAAUCAACAGAGGACAAGAGGUCGUCCUGUGUAUGUAAUUUCUCGAGAACAGCUGGAAUUCUUCAUUGAAGCUGGCUUUACAAGACGACAAAUGGCAGAUCUUCUGCAUGUGUCUGACUCAUCGGUCAAGCGAAGGCUUAGAUCCUUUGGUCUAAAGCUGAGGCAGACAUACUCGGUGCUGUCAAAUAAUGCAUUAGAUGAUCUUGUUCGAGAAGUGACCCAAGGGAACCCGUCCCUUGGUCAGAGAAUGGUUCAAGGCCUGCUGCAGAGCCGAGGACAUAGAGUUCAGAGGCAGAGAGUUGCUGACAGCCUAAUACGAGUUGAUGCCGCAGCAGUGGCUUUGAGAUGGUGUCAUUCCAUAAGACGACGGGUCUACAAGGUUGCAGCACCAAAUUCAUUGUGGCAUAUUGAUGGAAACCACAAGUUAAUCAGAUGGGGCUUUGUCGUCCACGGUGGGAUUGAUGGAUACUCGAGACUGUGUGUCUUCCUGAAAGUAUCCACCAACAACCGUGCAACCACGAUGACGAAAGCCUUCAUAAAUGGUACUAGGCAGUAUGGUGUACCUUCCAGAGUGAGAUCGGAUAAAGGUCUGGAAAACACAGGAGUUGGAGCCUUCAUGAUAUCCUAUCGAGGCCCUGGUCGUGGAUCCUUCAUUACUGGGAAGAGCGUCCACAACCAGAGGAUCGAGCGGCUCUGGAGGGACAUGUAUUCUGCAUGUACCAAUGUGUUCCACCAGCUCUUCCAACAUCUAGAGGAGACGGGUCGCUUGGACCUGAGCUCCGAAGUACACAUGUGGUGCUUACACCUGGUGUAUGUUCCACUCAUUCAGCGGGCCUUAGACCGCUUCCGUGACGGAUGGAACUGCCACAGACUGAGUGAGGAGAGGGGCAGAACACCCACCCAGCUUUAUCUGCAGGGCAUGAUAGAGCAUGCAGGACGUGGUCAUCGAGGGGUUGAUGACAUGUUCUUUGAACCUCAGGAGGAACAACUGAGUGUCUCAGAGGAAGACUAUGGAGUAGAUGAGGAAGCUCCUGUAGCCUCAGCAAAUGACGAUGAGCUACAGGUGUCCUCUGUUACAACACCCAUUGACCAUGAACAAAUGGCAGAACUAACUAAUAGAAUAAGACCCUUGGAUUCAGAGGAUGGUUUGGCUGUUGACUUGUUUGAACAGGCUGUGUCCUUUUGUUCGCAGGCAUUAAACAUAUAAUGACGUAUACUGAACAGUUCUAAGUGGUCAAUGGGUUGUAACAGAGGACACCUCUGGCUUCGUCGUUUUCUAAGUUUCAGUAGCUUCCUCAUCUACUCAGUUGUUCUUCCUGAGGUUCAAAGAACGUCAUCCACCCUCGAUGACCACGUCCCGCAUGCUCUAUCUUGCCCUGCGUGGUUGAACAAGUUGUCAUCCCCCCCCCAGAGGGUUAGGGGAUACAAACUUGCAAUCAUAUUCCCGCUUUCACACCUGUAAGCUAUCAUACACUUAGUGUUUGAUUGAUGUACCUAAUGUAUAUUGUUAUACAUAUGAACACCAGUAUGAAGUUUCCUCAAAGGACUAAUUUGUCGUACUUAUUUAGUAAAAAGUAAAUACAUGUUGAAUAUUAAAGUUUUGUAGCGUUUAAUUGAGGUUUAACUUAACAUAAUUUCUAAAAGAAUUAGUUGUUGUUUUUGCAUGGGAAUGUUUAAUUCCAAUUUGUAUACUCAAUUGAUGUAGAUUGCAGAGAGAAAAAAAAAGAUAACAAACACGAUCCAAAGUGUGACUUACUUAUCUGGUAGACAUUCACAGAUGGAUGUAAAUAAAAAUGCUGAAAAUGUGUUAUCUAUUCUGAUUUUAUCUGAAGAAUCAGGAAUAUU